AUGGCAGAUGCUGAUCAAGCAGCUGAUGGCGGCGAAAAGACAGGGGAGGAAGAGGCCAAAAGUACCCGUAGUGGCCCAAAAAGUCAAGGAGGCUCCAAACCUGCUUCCAGAGCUGGAUCUGCACAGUCAGGGAAAAGUGGCAAGAGUGGUGCAGGUAGCAAAAAGAGUGGUGUCCCACCGUCCCCAUCGGGUUCAGCCAAGGAUAAUCCAGCUGCUGACUGGAGAAAUAUGAGACGAAUCAUUGCUGAGGAUUCUGAAUGGUCACUGGCUACAGUUCCACUAUUAGUUGAGCUUUGUGUGAAGCAUAUUGUCACAAAUUUUGAAAAUAACUCAAAGAUAUUAAAUGAUUUAUUGCCUAAACACAAAGGUAGAGUGCUUGAGAGAAUAUCAACUGACUUGCCCUUGAAAAUUACUGCUAAUCUGGUUGAUGACGAAGGAUAUUGGAAAAGAUGCUGUAAAGCGCGCUGGGAAAUAUGUGAUGUUGCUGCUUUUGGCAACAACUGGAAAAGGAUGUACUUUGAAAGGAACCUGCAAUCCAUUAUUGAAAAUUUUAUCCCAGAAACAACAGAUGUCACAGAAUUGAAUGAUACUCUUCCUUUGUCUGCAAAUUACGUUAAAAAGAUUGAUGUCCGCCAGUUACUCCCACCAGUCAGAGAGGCACCAAAAGGGCCUGACUUUGAUGAUUCAUCUGAUGCUGGUAGUGAUACUGGAGAUGAACCAGAAUGUGAUCACUUUAACUUUGGCCCUGUCCUUAAACUUCUCCCCAACAUUGAGGAGCUACAUUUGACAUAUGGGGUGAGAGACUGUGGAAUGAACUUUGAAUGGAAUCUGUUUAACUUCACUGCUAGAGACUGUUUACAGCUUGCACAAUGUGUGGCUGCCUGCAAAGGACUGAAAGUGUUUAGACUACAUCGUAGUAAAGUGGAUGAUGACAAAGUUCGAGUUCUUAUAAGUCACAUUCUGGAUCACCCUGGACUUACAGAGCUUGAUUUGUCACACAAUCUAAUUGGUGAUCGUGGUGCACGAGCUGUUGGAAAGUUUUUGAACAAUCAUAGUCAGCUGGUAAAGUUGAACCUCUGUGAUAAUGACAUUAGAGCCGCUGGAGCUCAGGCAAUUGCUCAUGCUCUCACUAAGAACACAACUUUAGAUAUGUUGAACCUGAGACUGAAUCGCCUGGGAGAUGAAGGAGGUCAGGCCAUUUGUCGUGCACUAUUACGUAACAGUACACUAACAACCAUCAACCUUGGAAGCAAUGACAUGGCUGAACCCACUGCAGCCAUCCUUUCUCAGGUCGUCAUUCAGAACACAACUCUUCGGUCAAUUGAUCUCACGUGUAACAAACUUGCUCAGGAUGGUGGUAAACAGAUUCAAGAAGGUAUGGAGGAUAAUACCUCUAUAACUCAUAUGGACUUGACGCUAACAGACAGCGGUCAGGAGGCUGAGUACUGCAUCAAACAAAUCCUUCAUCGUAACCAAGAACGAGAACGCGAGUCCAAAAUCGUUGACCAGGCUCCACCAUCCAAGAAAAUUCAACCACAGGCUGCACAUCGGUUUAAACCCAUUGUGCAAAAAGCAUAGAUUUCGACGAUGAUGAUAAUGAUGAUGAUGCUGAUGAUGAUAAUGUGAUGAUCAUGAUGAUGAACUUAAGACAGGCUUAUGUUAACAGCCAUAAUUUGUUAGAGAGGGGUAACAGAAUGAAAUCUGUUGGUUGUUUACAUGCUGCUGUGAGGACAACAAACAUUCAGCUAUAUCACAAUUUUGUUGUAUAAAAUGAAAUAAUGGAAAAAAUCUGAAGUCUUUCUUCAGGUGUACCUUGUUUUAACCACAUUUUCACCAUUGCUUAUGAGGUGGAAGUAGGUAGUACUCAGUGGGAAAGAUGCUGCGAUUGUCUUUCAGAGGGAUAACCUCAUUGGUCUGUUGUGGAGGUCCACAGAAAGCAGUGCCAAAUCAGAAACAAAAACAAACAAAAAAUCUGCAGAAAAGGUGUUGAUGUAGAAACUCACUGUGUUUAAUUCAUACAAAAACAAUCUAUUUUUAUCAAAAAUAUGUUAUGAAACUUAUAUAUUCUG